AUGAAAAGCGCUCGUGGAAAACUUGGAUCUAUUGCUUACUUUGGGGUUGGAAAAGCUCUAGAAAAAAUCAUCGAUCCAUCUACAUUUACUGAAAAAGUAAUCGACAUUGCAGUAAAUAUAGAUGGAAUGCAAGUUUUUGAAAACUCAAGAGAACAAUUGUGGCCAAUAUUGGGAAAAGUCGAUAACGAUGGAUACGAGAGCCGUCCCCUCAUAAUUGCUCUUUUCGGAGGAAAUUCUAAACCUGAUUCUGCGACAGAGUUUUUUGAAAAAUUUGUUACCGAAAUGAAUCAGAUUAUUUUGAAUGGUAUAUGUAUUAAUGGAGUUUGGUACGCUGUAAAUUUUUUGGGAUUUAUUUGCGACACGCCAGCUAGAUCUUUCGCGAAAGGAACAAAAGGUCACGUUGGAUUUUGUUCUUGUGAGCGUUGCGCAGUGCAUGGAAUCACCGUUAAUAGAAAGCGAGUUUUUAAUGAAACAAAUUCAAAAUUACGAACCGAAGACUCUUUUCGAAACAAAUCUCAAACAGAACAUCACGUGAAGGAUUGUUACCUUCUUAAUCUUAUAAAUUUUGAUCCAAUCAGAGACUUUUACCUAGAUCCAAUGCAUUUAUUUUUUGAAGGAUUUAUGAAAUUUUGUCUUGAACGACUUGUUUCUAAGUCUAAGAAGAAAAUUGCCUUGGUCAGUUGA